UUCCCGUCGGCGCGACGUUUCUCGGUAGACGCGAGUAGAGGACCGCGCCUCGUGCGCUCGCCGCGGGCUGCAGUGCCUGGCGCGAGCGUCGCGCCUCCCGGCUUUUCGCGCCACCGCAUCCAGGGUUGAAACUUAAGGAGCGCGAGGGCAGCGCGUUCGCGUGACGCCGGUAGAAAACUUUCCGUGGCCUCGGAUAUUAGGGUGUGGGAACGCAAACUCUGCGACACCAGGCAUGCCAAAUAGUUGUGGGCGAGUUUGUUUGAAGGACGCAUAUGAUAUAUCUCUCGUGUCCGCAGUAAUCAUUUUACAGUGACAGACAGAACAGCUAGGGAAACCGUUUAAAUAUUUUAAUUUCGCCAAAUCGUAACUUGGCGUUCCUUCGGGCGGGAGUCGGUACCAGCGGCCCCCUAUAAAUUCUUUUCAGUAGUCUCCUCUUAAGUUUAUUCCAGUGUGUUCUGGCGACGAUGGUAUUUCUGCCUGUGACACAACUGGCUGUGUGUCGUUCCCCCAUAUAUUAUACAGUCAGUACUCCAGGUCCUCGCCGGCCCCUCCGCUUCUCCCCGUCCUGUGACGUGACCUCCUUCCUCCGCCGCUCUCUAUCAAAGCUCCCGGGGCAGCCCGAACGACCAGGGCCAAACCCGGAGGGUCUGAAAUGUGUCGGGAACGCGGUAAACACAGAGGGGACCUCUUUACUUUACCCUGUGUGUUCUGAGAGGGGCGCCAGUCGCGCCAGUAGCGCCGCGCGAGACCCGGGGGGCGGGAGCGAGUCGGACAGAGCCCGUCGCACCUGCCCUGGGGGAGGGGAAAGGGGGGGGGGGGACCCACCGUGCUAUUCGCCCACCGCCACGUAGGGAAAGGCAGGAACUCCGGCUUAGUUCAUCCCAGGGAUACCAAGUCAGCCGUUUCAUUUGCUAUUUGUCCUGGAAGCGCAGGGCUCCUGGCUCUCAUUUCAUGCCCCCCGUGAGGAUGACGGCGGUGGGAUGCGCAGCCUUGUCCCUCAUGAUCAUCUUAUACUGUUCCUCGUCCUCCGGGCUGAUGGAUGUGGUCUGGCUGCCCCCUCCACAGCUGCUUCCUGCUAGUGACACACACCUGCUUCACGCUGGGGACUCACUCAACCUUACCUGCAGAGGUGGGGCCCAGCUGGAGUGGAGUCUGCCCAGACAGGACUUGCCCUUGGAGAGGAUAUGGAUGGUAGACUGCGGUCAAGGUGUUCACGGGUACUGCAGCCGACUGAUUGUCUAUAACAUGACACACAGAGACACAGGUCGCUACUCCUGCAGCUACACCCAUCAUAGCCUGCUUGAGGACUGCUCUACCUACGUCUUUGUCAAAGAUGAGCAGCGGCCCUUUGUGGUUCAGCACAAAUCGAAUCCAGACACUGUGUAUGUGUAUGAAGAAACCAACAGUACUGUGGUGCCCUGCAGAACCACAUCUCCCAACAUCAAGGUUUCUCUGGAGGGGGAUCCAUACAUGUCACCGAGCAUCCAAGAACAGGCAGUGUGGGAUCCGAAAGUGGGCUUCACGAUUCCGUACCACCCCUACACCCAUUACUUUUUGCUCCGCUGUGUGGUGAUGCUCAACAGCCAUCGCAUUGAGUCACUGUACAUCCCCUUCAAGCAACCCUCUGUCCUGAUGAAUGUGCGAGUCCAGCCAGACCGUGUUCAGCUCCUGGUGGGAGAAACACUGGAACUCACUUGCGCUGGGGAGACAAGCUCGAACGGAAGGAUUGUCUUCACGUGGGACCUGCCAAAGAUCAGUCGGACUCAUGAAAUAAGGCGACACAGAGACUCUUCGUCCAUUGUGCCGGUCAUGAAGAACACCCUCAUUGUGAGGAACGUAACUGUGGCAGACACGGGCCGUUACUUGUGCAUCGCCCAGAUCCUUAGCAAAAAGCAAGUAGAGGCUGAGGUGAUUGUAUAUGAGCACCCCUUCCUCAACAUUUCACACAAGGGCAGGAGUGUUAUCACCGUGCUGGAGGGCGAGAAGAAGCUGACAUUUGGGCCCAGAGUUACAGCACUGCCUCAACCUAAUAAUGUCACAUGGUAUAAGGAUGGCGUGGCCAUUAGUGGAAACUCCUCCUGCUACGAACUGCCAGGUUUCAGCCUCAACAUCAAGGAAGUGAAGCUGAUGAACGCAGGAGUGUACACUAUUGUCCUGGGCAACACGAAGACAGGGAUGUUUCGGAAUCUGAGCUACACACUUGUGGUAACAGUAAAGCCUGUGAUCUCUGAAGAGGAAGUAGCAACCACAACCUUGCAGCCACGCUUCCUUGGCCAGGAAUAUCUUCUCACAUGCACUGCUUUUGGCAUCCCAGCACCAAACAUCACCUGGGAGUGGCAGCCCUGCAACCCAAACCUCAAUCUCUCACAGUGUGACUUGACUGGUGAGAUCCAACAAGUAAAGCCAGAGAAGGCCGAGGAGUAUGAAGCCAUUCCCAGCCGUUCACACAACAGGAUCACAGACAUCACAACUGAGACUGUGCUGAUGAAUGGAAAAAACAAAACGAUUAGCACAUUAGUCAUGGCAGCAGCCAAGGUAUCUGGAGAAUACACCUGUCGUGCCACAAAUGAGUUUGGCUCAAAGGCUUGGAGAACAAGGUUCUAUGUAGAUGACCACAGAGAAGCCUUUGAAAUCCCACCACAGCGAGCAAUAGAGGGGGACAGCAUCACCUUGGUGUGUCGAGCCACGAGGUACCUGUACACGGACCUACACUGGUUUGACCCACAGAACCAAACCGUCCCAGACAGCAACACCACGCUACAGGUCGGCUUGUUUUCCAUCUUCCUGACACUAGCCCUGGGGAACGUGUCCCAGGGUGACGCAUUGGGCUACGAAUGCCGGGCGCUCAACAGCCACACUAACAAGAUGGUUCACAGGACUCCGGACCUCAGUAUAGAGGCCAGGAGAGGUCCCUGGUUACAGCAGAACCUGACAGAUCAGAGUGUCAAUAGCAGCAGCACGCUGACCUUGGUAUGUGAUGCCCUUGGCAGCCCAAGACCCACCAUCACAUGGUCCAAGGAUGGGAUUCAUGUCCAGGAAGGACCAGGGAUUACCCUGAUGGAGGAUGGUAGGCUCACCAUUGAGAGGGUGAAGAAGGAUGACGAGGGGUUGUAUGAGUGCCUGGCCAGCAAUGGCAUGGGGUCAGUGAGGACUGCAGCAUUCAUUACUGUAUUGGGUGAGGAUACAAAGCCCAAUAUGGAGGUGAUCAUCUUAGUUUGUACUGGAGCCGCAGCUAGCCUCCUCUGGCUGAUGCUUGUCCUCAUCAUUCGGAAGAUGAGGAAGCCCAGCUAUGCAGACAUUGAACCAGGUUACCUGUCUAUCAUAAUGCCUUUGGAUGAGCAAUGUGACCAACUGCCUUAUGAUGGAAGUAAAUGGGAGUUUCCACGAGAUCGUCUGAGGCUGGGUAAAACUCUAGGGCACGGAGCUUUCGGUAAAGUAGUGGAAGCUUCAGCUUUUGGGAUUGACAAGUUGUCUACAUGCAAGACAGUAGCUGUAAAAAUGCUGAAAGGAGGUGCCUCAGCCAGUGAGAGUAGAGCCCUGAUGUCAGAGCUGAAGAUACUGAUCCACAUUGGCCAUCAUCUUAAUGUCGUCAACCUCCUUGGAGCCUGCACUAAACCAGGAGGCCCUUUGAUGAUAAUAGUGGAGUACUGCAAGUAUGGCAAUCUGUCUAACUACUUAAGAAGCAAGAGGGGCGACUUUGUCUUCUGUAAGAGUCACGACAUCAAGACAGCAUCAGUGGGUUCAGGUAGUGACCUUAGUGAGCUGGCCAAACGGCGUUUGGAGAGUGUGGCUAGCACAGGCAGCUCUGCAAGUUCUGGCUUUGUGGAAGACAAGAGUUACUGUGACUCUGAGGAGGAGGAAGAAGAGAUGGAGGACCUGACCAAGAGACCCUUGACUAUGGAGGAUCUAAUUUGCUAUAGCUUUCAAGUUGCAAAAGGCAUGGAAUUCUUGGCCUCACGCAAGUGUGUUCAUCGUGAUUUGGCUGCAAGGAACGUCCUCCUGUCCGAAAACAACGUUGUGAAAAUAUGCGACUUUGGCCUCGCAAGAGACAUCUAUAAAGACCCGGACUACGUGCGCAAAGGCGAUGCCAGACUGCCCCUGAAGUGGAUGGCACCUGAGGCUAUUUUUGACAAGGUGUACACUUCGCAGAGUGACGUGUGGUCUUUUGGGGUCCUCAUGUGGGAGAUUUUCUCUCUAGGUGCAUCACCCUACCCUGGCCUGCAGAUUGACGAGGAGUUCUGCUGCAAACUGAAAGAAGGGACCAGGAUGCGAGCACCAGAGUACUCCACUCCUGAAAUAUACCAGACCAUGAUGGACUGCUGGCAAGGCGAUCCUGGACAGAGACCCACCUUCACACAACUGGUGGAGUGGCUAGGGGAUCUGCUCCAGGCCAACGUGCAGCAGGAGGGAAAGCACUACAUCCCUGUGAACACGAUCCUGCUGAAGAGGGGGGCCAAGGCCUGCAGUGCCCCCCUUCCAGAGGAGCCCCCACACAGGGAAUCCAGCGGAAGCUGGAAUGUCAAGAUCCAACCCAGCAGCAUUAAAACUUGUGAUGAGAUAACUACAGAGAGCAAAUCGGACAAAGUCCAUGAGGGGAUCCAGUUAAACUCUAGAGUGUGUCUGUCUUCCAACAAUGGGAGCCCCCUAUAUAACUGGGUCGAGUCAUCCGUGGGCCAGCCUUCAGGCGUCAUGGUCCUGCCGGGGAAGAAUGUGAGUAAGAGCAAGGAGUCUAUGGUGUGUGCGACGAAGGACACACAGCCGCCGCUGCCCACUCUGGAUAUCACCCUGGAUAACUCGAAUCUGGACCCACCCGUAGACCCAGGCUUGGAGAGCCACUGUGCACCACCGCCUAACUAUAAUUAUGUGGUCCGUUACUCGCCUUCACCUGUAUAGUCCUGUUUCCAUCCCACCGUAGAGAACGGACCUGGCGUCCCAACAAUCCACCCUAGAUCUUUUCUUCUCCGCACAAACAUCUUCCAGCCCUCCCCCAUUCUCUCUCCCUCUCUGCUUCACACUCUCCUUUAGGCUUUGUGUGUGCAAACCAACUUCAGUCCAACAAUGACAACGGAGCCAUUAGCCCACAUCUUUACAGUUGCAAAAACAGUAAGAGAACUUUCUGUACUGUGAAAGAAGGUUUUAUGUCUACAGUAGUCACAGGGGACCACAAAAUUAAAGGUAUAGUAUUUAAUACAGAGUACUAACAUAUCUGCUGUACACAGUUCAUCAAGCAGUGUUUCAGGCUAAUUGUCCAUGAAUCUUUGCACCAAGUGUACAAAGUGGCCUGUGAAGCAAUGGACAAAAAAGAUUUUUUUUAAAGAAGUUAUUUAAUCUGGUAUAUAUACAGUUUAAAAAAAUUGUGUUAUUUCAAUGUUACAAAUAAGAGGAAAAAUACAUACAUCUUUUGAACCGCUUGUCCCAUACGGGGUCGUGGGGAACCGGAGCCUACCCGGCAACACAGGGCGUAAG